AUGGGCUUGCCAGUCGCGCGAUUCUCGGACGACUCUCCUCCUUCAACUCCGGCUGGCACAGUCGAGCACUAUGAACCGCUUCCGACUUCGCCGCGCCGCCUGCGCGAUCCGACGUCGGACCGCAUCGCUGCGAUCAGAGAGCGAAACAUCCAAUCACACGAAGCCGACUACCGCACAGUCGCAAUGGUCAUCCGUGCUCGGAUCAAAGGCAAGGUCCUGGAACCGAGUUCGCUGGAGAUAAGUAGAAGGCGCCUCAAUGCGUACAUUCGACUGGGCGAAGCGAGAGUCCAAGACGCCAGCAGACCAACAUUCCGCGCGAACGAGGUCGUCCUUGACUUCCACAACCUGUACCAGUCGCUCAUCGCGCUCGACAGCCACCAUGGCAUGAAUAUGGACACCGACUGGAAUUUGCACCGAAUGGGCCAUGGAAAUGGAGACUCAAUACUUAGCCUGUAUAGCUUCACGCGACCGUUGCAGUCGAUGGUAUCACCAACAGGAUAUGUAUCGUUGCAGGACAUCUUCGAUUGUCUGGCACCGUUGCAACUCAUGUCGCGGACGGCAUUCGGUUGUGCGAUUUAUGCUUGGGCGAUCUACGCCGCAGGCCAGUUCAUCGAUGCUGCUGCUGUGCAGGAGGUCUUCAGGGCGAACUUGGAGGUUGCGGGAGCUGGAGCCUGGGCGGAUCCUAGGCCUGAUGAGUCAGGUGAUUAG